UUAUUGGUUUAUCAGUAAGCGGAAGAAACCAUUAUUCGUCACGAUGGUGCUUGUGCUGAACGGUGUAAUACAGGAUGAGCGUCCGAUCAGUACUCAUGCUCUUUUCAUGGAGCAUCCCGUCUAUCGCGAGACGGCUACACAGCUACUCUCAAUCCCGACAAAAGCGGUCGGAGCACCAGGAUUGCUAUAUGUUUGUCAACGUGAAAUGGCUGCCGUUGCUCCGCACGAUCGAAAUGUUAACAUUAUUGGCUCGGACGAUGCCACUACAUGCAUUAUCGUCGUUGUUCGGCACUCAGGAUCUGGAGCGAUUGCAUUGGCACAUCUAGACGGUAGUGGCACAGAUGAAGCAGUAUCGGCGAUGGUGGCCCGCGUUCAGGAACUUGCAUUUGGUUAUCCCGAAGGGCGCAUCGAGCUGCAAUUAAUUGGAGGCUUCAGCGAUCCGCAAGGCUAUGCGGAAGACCUGUUUAGUAACAUUAUGCAAUCUUUCCACAAGCAUCCGCUGGAGAUUGAUCUGACGCAAUCAUGUGUUGGCGAGCUCAACACAAUUGUGCGCGAAGACAUCAAUUGGCCGAUCAUAUACGGUGUUGGUGUGAAUAUCAAAACAGGCGAAAUCUUUCCCGCCACGUUUCCAGACAAAGGUCCUGAUCUUCCACUGCGGAUGGCUCGACACUUUACCGGCAGCCACCAGGUGCUAGACGUAUACGAUUCUGCUGUAGGAAUGUUACGGAUCGGACCAUUCAAUUACGAUCCAUUACGUGGAGUUGAUCUUUGGCUGGCUCAAAGCGAUGAAUUCAUUUUGAAACAUCUGUCGACCAGUCCGGAUGUGGAACCGCCACACUUUGCCAUGCAAGUGCGUGAUACACUUCGCUACAUCCAAGACAACCAAUUUCCAGCUGUUACCGUCUUCCGCAACAACAAUCCGCAUUACUUCCGGCGGGAUGAAACGACUGGAUGCUGGUCACCGGUACGGUAUUGAACUAAAACGCGCUCUUAAAAACGCUACUUGAAAGCUAUUAAACUAUGGAGCGGGGAUUUUGCGAUUCCAAUUUUUCAUGGCUGGAAUACGCAAACAACGGCUGAAAUGCGCGAUGUGUGCAAGGACUAGAAAAUAACAUAAAAUAAUACUGUAAAAAAUGAUUCAUAUUUAUCGAAAAACAACCGUGCCAACUGUGGAUUCAAUCGUUAUUGUCAAUUUACUUCCAUUGCACUCUUUGUUACGUUACGUUUAUGAUUUUCAAGAUCACUUUUCGUGCCUUUGGUUACUGUAACACCUUGGUAAAUAUAGUCUUUAUAAUGCAAUUCAUAAGCUUCCUAUAAUGUAUCGACCCCUCUUGCUAAUGAUCGUCUGCCUAAAGGCAACAAAACUAGGUAAAUACGUUACUUAGAGCCAACACGAUUGCUAAAAACAGU